AUGUCUACGGGGGCCAGCUUUGUUACGGUGAGAGGCCAGGCGAUCUCGCUGGAGACUCAGACGGAGUCUCUAUUGUCGCGUUACUCAACAUUUGCGCAGACUACCAGCUCUGAGCAGACUGGGCAAGAGAAGAAGCUCGAUGGGCAGCUCGAGAAUAUACUGCAAAAAAGGCAAGGCGUUAUUGACCAGCUGACCCAGAUCUGUAAAGACAAUGCGUCUGUGUCGGCAUCGAAACUGUCGCAGUUGCAACGCCAUAAGGAAACUUUGCAGCAACACUGGCAUAAUUUCCAAAAUAUUAGAUCGUCCAUCCAACAAGAGCGUAACAGAUUGAAUUUAUUGUUCUCGGUGAAGAACGACAUCGCUCAACAUAAUAACAAUACGGUGGAUGAUGCUGACGAGUACAUUCAAAAUGAGACGAGACGGAUCGACCAAUCGCAUUCUAUAGUAGAUCGGCUGAUAUCACAGGCAUGGGAAACCAGAGACCAGUUUUCAGGGCAGAAUACUGUACUACACAACGCCAAUAACCGGAUUCUUUCCACUUUACAAAGAGUACCGGGCAUCAAUCAGGUGAUUGGGAAAAUAGGCACGAGAAGAAGAAAGAACGCCUUAAUAUUGGCUUCAAUAACCACCGUGUGUAUACUGAUCCUCUUUUUCACUUGGUGA